CAGCUCCGUUAGCCUGGUCCCCCAGCCCUGCCGAGCUCCAGCUGCACCUCUCUGAGGGAAAUGGUAAAGGUAAGGUUUCCACAGAGCUGGAAAAGCAGCCCUGAGAGCCAGGAAGAGCUCCCACUCAGGGCAGGGUUACUCACAUUGCACCGUGCAGACACCUGCAGCAUUACACACACUUCCUUCAACAUUUUCUAUCGGUCCCCCUUUCGAAAUAGAAGCUGUGAAAUAAAACAGCUUUCCCUAGAGCUCAGAGAAGGCGUCACAGUGAUUUGUACACGACAGCACUGCUGUCAUACCUCACAGACUUUUUUGUCUGCUUAAAGACCCAGUUUACCACCAAUAUUUAAUAUUUUAUAUUUUUUUUCUCUUGUUCAUUGCCUGGCACAAGCACAUGGAUCCUCUUAUCUCUUCCAAGUCAGGUAUUAAGCAGUGGGUGGUCACACUUUUACUCAUUAUGCCCCCAUGCUGUGGAUUCAUUGCUCAGAAAUAAUUUCCCUCCCUCCUGUAUUUAUUGAGCCUGAAGCCACCUCUGUAUCAAGGGUGGGAAAUACAGGAUAAGUCUCUCAUUUUUCAAAGUAUUGCAGGAGGUAGUUUUGUGGUUACUGUGUCCCUUUAUCUCCUCCUUUGAAAUAGCAGCUAUGAAAAACUAUUAUAAAACAGAAUUGCUUUUGUUAUAAAUUGUUUUAUGACAAAGCUGGCAGCCAGUAAGCUGAAAACAUAUCUAAGAAAAACCCUUGUGCUCCUCAAAAUGACUGAAAGUCCCAGAGUUACAGAACCUAAUCCACUGGAAAUACAUUUUCAAUGCAUCACUUGUUAGCUGAAUAUUUAUAUUCAGCCUCAAGUAAAUGGUCUGGUACCUUUUGGUUCUGUGUGUGUGAAACAAGUGUCCAUCAUUACUUGCUGAGUGAAACAUCAUUGAAUAACAGUGGACUUGUUAGGGGAAAGGCUACAAAAAUAGGAUUUGUAUUUCCCAAAGAAAUUAGUCUCACAGAGUUUGACUAGCUGGGUGUUUCAGGGAAACUUUCAGUUGUUCUCUGCUUCCCAGCACUGCUGUCAGUCUGAAGUCAGCUCACAGCUGGCAAAACAGCCACAAAGAAAGUUCUAGAAGGGGAAUGUUCAUUGAGCUCCUGUGGUCCAUAUCCAUCCAUGCUGUAAACGAAUUCAUGAACUCCUUAAUGCUCCCACUUUCAAUUUAUUCCUGUGUUCUGACCCUCUGCAGCCCAGCUAGGCCAUAACCCAGCUCUGAACAAUCUCAGGCUUUGGCAGGACCAAGCUCAGCUCUGAGAUUCUGGGAUUUGACCCUCUCUUAAUAAUACAGACAGUAACAUUAGUGCCUGUGCUGAGCUGGAGAAAAAUGUGCAAAUGCUCUUCAGGUAAGGAGCACUUCUGGGAUUUGGGGCAAAAGAGCACAGAACUGAUGGGAACCAGCCUUGUUAUGGGAAAGGAGAGCAGAGCCAGCGCGGCAGAGAUGUUCACACAUCCAACAGCCACCCCAGCAUCAGCUACACAACUCCUGUUUGUCCCUGCCCGGGGCAGGGGUUGGAACAAGAUCAUCUUGAAGGUCUCUUUCAACCCAAACAAUUCCGUGAGGCGAUGUUUUAUUCAGAUCCAAUGGCUCGCUGUUAUCUUUAUUUAUGUGCUUGUUUAUUUCUACUUUCACUGUUUAAAACUUUGCACUGCUGGAUUGUCCGAGAGGAAAUCUAUUCAAAACAACUGGAGGGAAUUCUUUUCCAGCCCCAGCUCAUACAUAUGAGCUGUGGAAUGACCAGAGGAAAGGACUGCUGCUCAGGGGCACAGAGGGAGCACUCCUGUCCUCAUUUCCAGGACUGGGGCCGUGUGGGCAGCCAGUAUUUACCACAACAAAACGAUGAUUCAAGUCCAGCCCGUUCCUUGGGGCAUCUUACAUGCAAAGGCUCCAUUUCAGCAUGAAAACAUUCAGAGAUGUUGAUAUACUUCUCCUCAGAAACACGUUUUCUGUGGCAGACAAAUGUGGAGCAUCAGAAAAGCCUCUCCAAAGCCUGGGAUGAGCAAGGCACGUCCUUUGUUGGUGCAGAGGAGAGGGAGGUGUCUGAAUUUUCGGUACAAGCUUUGCAAGUCUGCUUUGCCAGGUCUCAACUCAAGAUCUUUCUGGGUUUUUCUAAACAAAGGAUUUAAUUUUUCCACUUCAAGGCCACAAAAUCAAGACUUAGGCAGUAAGUCAGUGUUUGAGAUCCAGUGAAUGGCACAGUUCCCUUUAAACUCCUCAUUAAAGUGUUUUCAGUAAGCUUAAAAUCCUUCAUUAAGCAGGGAGCUCAUUUUCUGCUCAAGUCCUGGUGUAUUAAGCUAUUGCUUAUUCCUGUAAGCUAUUCCUGCAUAUUGUGCUUUUUCCCUCUUGGUCAUCUCUGAAAAUCUCUCAGAGUCCUCCUCACCCUAUUUCUUGCUGCCUGGCAAACUUGCUUGGAAGGUUUUUUUGCCUGUCUGGAGUGAGCCAAGGUUGCCAGAAUUACAUUUAAUUUACAUUUCACAGAGAGAAGGGCUCUGCCAGGGAGCUGAGUUAAAGCAGCAGCCUGUUCCAAGGGUGCCUGCGAGCACUGAUCUAAUCAGUGAUCUGUCAACUCCACAUUACAGACCUUGUCUCUGAGCAGUUGAAGUGUGUCUCUUUUAAUCUGCACCCCUCUCCAACCAGGCAUCACAUUCUUGGGCCAGAUGCUAAUUUUCUGUUUAAAAGAAAAAAAACAGCCCUAAAGAGAUCAGUUUUGCUGGGUUUGGAUUUGAAAUACUCAUUACAAAGAGUCGUAUAUUUAAAAAACAUUUGCAACACCCCUAAUUGAAAAAAGAAAUCUCUCUCAGCUACAAAUUACAAACCACUAGAAGCUGAUUUAGUGGGAGCUACAGAAAUAAGCUGCACAUAACUCCACUCACAGUUCAAGAAGAAAUGUAAUUUGGUACUUUCACAGAUCUUGAAAAUACAGCCUACCUAUUAACAAAAAUCUCCAAGGCCUCCUCUCCAAAGGACAUUAAAGUCAAUUAACUAAAGGAGCAAAUUUACAGCGGGCUCCAGCUUUGUGCAGAUGUUACCCACCCAUGGAAUGGAUUGAAUCCAGUGUCACUUAAUUCCACAGCUUUACUUCAGAGGGGCAGCACUCACUGAGGGUUGAACUAAAGCAGUUUCUUUUCUCCUGCUUUCAACUCAGGCCAGCUUUCCUGCUUUUGUCUCCAGAAUUGGACAGGACCAAAGCAGAGCUCAAUAAACUCUGCCUGAAGUGAAGCCUGCGCUGGUGGUGUUGGGAGCCUCCUGAAAACAAUGUCCUAUCCCAGCCGCAAAUAUUUACUGGAAUUAAAUUUCCAGCUUGUUCUGUGAGACUUUAGCCAUGCAAUUCCUGUUAAUGCAAGCUGAAACCACUCACGCCAUGUAAAUAUGUGUGCACAGAGCUGGUGCUGGAACCUCAAGAAGAAGCAGAGCCAGUGAGGAGUGGGCAGUGCUGAGAACAUACCUUUUGUUGGAGGUGACAGGGAUCCUCCAGCCCUUGAUCUGGCUGAGCUCGGUGUCAGAGAUCUCGAUCUGCAGCGGGAGCCGCGGAACCCAGACCGUCACCUCCAGCUGCGUGGUGAAAUGUUGAGGCAGAAAAGAAGCCAAGAGCCAGCAGCGAGUGGUGCCCCGGUGGGGGGACACCUGUUGAGGUUGGGACCCCUCUGAAGAAACAGAGAUAACUGCAGCUGUGAGCUGGAAAGGAAAAAUCCCCAGGGAAAAGAACGGAAAAAGGAAGAAAAAAGGACUUGGGCAUCCCUAGACGCUGGUGAAACGGUUUGGACCAGAACGUGGAUGCUGGACACCCGUGAGACGGGAGCCGAGGAGGAGAAACCAACGGCGAGAAGUGAGCUUAGAGUAGUGAAAGAGCUACGCUUGUGUCAAAACGCCUAUUUGAUGGGAUAGCAUCCAAUGAGCACGGGAUGAGGCCACCUGUAAAGAUCUGCCAGCUGAAGGAAGUAUGGACCCAGGCCUAAAGGAAGUGGUAAAGGGAACGGACCAAAACCACAGCCAAGAAACACACAUGCUCUAAAAAGGCAGACCCCAGGAGGGGCCAUGUAAAAUAGUUGCUGGAAAAUGCAAACUGGCUUAUGGGAGAGUGAACGUGUUUUUCACAAGGGGAAGGAGUGAAUACAGCCUUGAAAUUUGAAGAAAGAACAUCUUUGUAGGACACAAACCUGCAAAGUACAGAGAAUUUGUCCCAUUUCCUUGGAUUCCAGAAGCCAUCUCAAAUAAUAAUACAAAAGAUCCAUCAAGAGACAUACCAAACUCUGCCAACUGGGCAGAGAUUAGAAGAAAAGCAUUAAAGGAAGGAGAUUUUGACAUGGCAUCAACACAACCAAUGGUCGGGCCAACAAAACAAGGCACACAGAAUGCAAAUCCCAAAUGGAGGCCACUGACAUACGACGUAAUUAAAGACUUGACGCAGGCAGUAAAAGAGGAUGGCUUCGGCUCUCUCUACUUCCAGCAAUUAUUAAAAAUCACCUUUUAUUACUGCGACCUGGUACCUUAUGAAUGCAGAUAUCUCGUCUCGCUAAUUCUUACAGAUUUACAAGUCCUGGUGUGGGAUAUGAGGUGGCGGAGGGCUCUGGCUCAGCUGAGGAAGAGAUAUGCAGGAGGGCCACACGCAGCUCUCACCCUGGCUCAACUGGCAGGAGAUGAACCCCACGACAGUCCUGAAGAUCAGUUAGCACAGCUGCCUCGAGACGUGAUUGCGGACGUCCAAGAGGCAGCACUGAAGGCAGUUCUGCAAAUUCAACCAGUUGAAACUCUAGAAGGCAUUUACACAGAAAUAAAGCAAGGUCUUUCUGAGCCCUUCAUUUCAUUCGUCGAUCGUCUCAUACUAGCAGUGAACAGGCAAGUAAGUGAUGAAGUGGUGAAGCCACAUCUGCUUCAAAUUCUCGCUUUUGUAAACGCCAAUGCAGAGUGCAAAGGUAUAAUUAGAGCCAUGCCUGGUCUACCAACCUUGGGUGAAAUGCUGGAGGCAUGCAACAAGGUGGGCACACCUCAGCACACUGCAGAAAUCCAAGCCGACGUUUGGGGACAGCAGGUCAAGAAACUCCUUCGAGAGCAGAACAACGAACUUUCAAAAAUCCUCACAGCACUUCACCCAGCUUUUCAACAAGGCAGCUCCACGGAAGCAAUGUCGACAGAAUUCCCCGGGGGACCGUGCUUCAGAUGCGGAAAAUAUGGACACGUAAAAGAGAAUUGUCCAGAACCUACGGAGAACGCGGAAGCGCCGAGCCUUUGUCCAAGAUGCAGGAGAGGAAAACACCAUGCCAAUCAAUGUUACUCUGAAACGGAUGUGGACGGAAAACCUCUGCCUCAUCCGGGACGCUCGAAGAAGAGCGCGCGACGCCGACGUGCCACGACACGAGGGAUGGCACUGGCUCAGCCCGGAACCCCACAGGGAACACAACCACUGGGGAACGUGAGUCACACUCCAUCAGCAGGACCAUCUGCUGCUUCCCCAGCAACCCAGAAUUGUUGCCCCAAGGCGCGCGAUGCGAUUCGGGAGCUUCCAAAUUAGUGUGCCUUACAAAUGAAAGUCAUGCAGUGACACCCACGGGGGUCACUGGAACCUCACGGAAGAGACAAGACUUUUUAAUCAUAGGUAAGGACAGAUGCAGCAUUUUGGGGCUCACUGUUUAUCCAUCAAUUGUUUCAGUAGAUCAUAAUGAAGAGCUGACAAUUCUGGCUCGACCUGUAUGCCCUGCAUUGAUCAUUCCAGAGAAUACUCCAAUAGCCAAGGCCGUUGCUUUGCCAUCUCAUGCAACAGAGCAGAUCGUGCCGGUGACGGAUCAGCAGGUUUCACCUGGCGAUGAAGACACGGACAUUCAUGCCACUUGGAUGAAGCAAACAGGCCGUGCUCGACCUGUAAUCGUCUGCAGCUUGACAGGCGGCAACAAACUAUUUCAAUCAGGGGCAUGCUGGACACCGGCGUGGAUGUCACAGCCAUUUCCUACCUCUUUUGGCCCAGAGAUUGGAACUUGAAGGCACCUUUGAACUCCCUCUCGGGUAUCAGAGGAAGAACGUUGUGCCUGCAGAGUGAGAACGCAAUUAUUGUUUCAGGGCCAGGAGAAAAGGCAGUAAUCAUUCACCACUUUGUUGUGCAGAAGCCCAUCACAGUAUGGGGAAGAGACAUUUUAUCACAAUGGGGAACAAAAAUAGAAGUGGAUUUUUAACAGGGGUCACUGCAGCACUCACCACAUUGAAACUGACUCGGAAGACAGACAGCCCUGUCUGGGUGGACCAGUGGCUCCUGGAACAAAAAAAAACUAAGUGGCCUCAAGAAAUCAGCUGAAGAGCACUUGCAGAAGGGCCACAUCAAGAAGAGAAAUAGUCCCUGGAACUCUCCAGUGUUCGUGAUCCACAAGAAAAACUCCGAUUCAUGGAGACUGCUCCGUGACCUCUGGAAAAUUAAUGAGGUCAUUGAGGAGAUGGGACCACUUCAAGUUGACUUCCAUCUCUCUCAAUGAUUCCGAGAGAUUGGCCACUUGUGAUCAUCGAUCUCAAAGAUUGCUUCUUCAGCAUCCUGCUUCAUCCGAAAGAUCUCCUUCGUGCUCUUCAUCUACUCCAUUUUCUGCAGUUUUGGUAGCAUAGAUUGGUUAGAAAGAAUCACAAUGCAGAUGUUGGAUAGAAAAAUAGUUAGUUAUUGGUAGAAAGGUAGAAAUAAAAUAUGUUCUAAGAGUUAAUGGGGCAAAAUAGUUUUAAAAUACCUUGAACCUGUGUGUCUUGUGACUUUUUGGUGCCUUUUUCUUUGUAGGCUAAGUAUGGUACGUAGAGUGUGCUGAACUGUUGAUAAGAGAAGAAUAAACAGCCUGAAGACCGAAAAAAAACAGAAGUCCCAUUCGUCUCUCAAUUCUGGCACAGCACUUUUUAGGGGUCUCCCCAUCAGGGGAACCUUGGUGGGG